AUGGCAUCCCACCGCCCGUAUGAAUCAAAACUCGGUAUUGUGACUGGGGGUUCGCGAGGAAUCGGUGCUGCCGUGGCUCAGAAACUGGCCGCAAAAGGAUGCAACCUCCUCUUGGUGUAUACAUCGGAUUUUUCCACCGAGCCGACCGCACAGCUGUGUGAGCGUCUUGCUUGCACGCAUCGAAUCCGUUGUGCCUCAGUCCAGGCUGAUCUUGGAAGCCCAGCGGAGGCAUCUAGCUCGAUUCUGCAGGCGGCCAAGGACCUGUUUGGCUCCUACAUGCCCGGCGCAGAAUUCCAAGUUGACAUUCUCAUCAACAAUGCUGGGGUGUCCUCGAAUCAGCACUUGAAUGACGGGCAGCAGGGUCCAAUCGAUGGAACCGAAUUCGACCGGGUGUACCGAGUGAAUGUUCUGGCCCCGUUGCUUCUUACACAAGCUGUUGCACCGCAUCUCCCAAAAGACCGUUCGGGCCGCAUCGUAACCGUCUCCAGUGUCUCCUCUUCUAUCGGAUACCAGGGACAGUCCGUAUACGCUGGUAGCAAAGCAGCGGUGGAAUCUAUGACUCGUGUGUGGAGCCGAGAACUGGCCGAGCGUGCCACCGUCAACGCCGUGAACCCCGGACCAGCCUGGGGAGACAUGUAUGAAAAAGCCGGCCAGACAUUCUGGGAUAUCAAUCAGCCCUAUGUUGACACCGCUCCAUUAGCAAGCUACAACAGUGAGAAGGAGGUGCUCGCUAUGGCAGGAGCGGAUGCGGAAAAGUUUGAUCGGCUGGUAAAGGAGAAGAUGAAGAGUCGGCGACCAGCCUUCACGAGCGAGAUUGCCGGUACCAUCGACAUGCUUUGCUCGGCCGAAGGCGGGUGGACCACUGGGAGUGUCAUUUGCGCGAAUGGGGGGAUGAAAAUGUCCAUUGCGUAG